UCAUCACCAGUCCACGUGCAAAUCGACAAGCACGACCCCGAGCUCGCGAUUGCUCGAUUCGGAGACGUCAACCGCUGUUCUGUUGCCACCACUGGACUGGAGACCGAAAAUACGCGGCGCCUGCAACGCGGAAAGUUGGUCAUGGCGAACAGCAUAAGCGACAGGCGACUCCUCGUCGGCUUCGACGACAUCGGGCUCCCAGACUGGACGCCCGUCGAUUUUCUCACCUUUUCUCGGGACCUGAAAGUAUGCUCCAUGUGCGGCGUUAUAUCGGCGAUGGUGGCAAAUAUCACCUGCAAGCACGUCCUCUGCAGCUUCUGCUUCAGGGAGCAAGGCGACGGGUCUGCGCUCACUUGUCCCAUUGAUAAAAUCGAGACAAAGCCAGGCAAGGUGCGCUUCGAACGCAACAACACCGAAGUCCUCCUCUCUCUCCGCGUCGCCUGCAUCAACCGGCGCAACGGCUGCAGGAUCCUGGACACCCUACGCGCCAUGAAAGACCACACCAAGCAGUGCGAAUUUCAGAUCGUGCAGUGCCAGAUGUGCGGCAAGAAGAUCAAACUGCACGAGGUUCCCCUGCACGCUCGAAAGGACUGCGUCCGCCACCGGAAGACUGAGGAUAACGCCGUCACAAAGCAGCAUUCGUCGAAACUCAGCCACCACAACUUAGCGCCACCUAUGCCGGUGAUUCCACCGCCGCAGCAGCACCAGGUCUAUCACGUGGCUACGUUUCCCAGCCACCCGCCUCUGCAAGCCCUCACGCAGGUGACAUCGAAGGCGCCGCCGCCUACGAAUGUGACGUCCAACAUGGUCGCUACAGAACCGGGCGAAGUAGCUCUACUGCAGCAGCAGGUUACCAAGGUACACGAGGAUGUCCGUAAGAUGUCGUCGAAGGUUCAAAGUCUUCGAGACGAAACUGCAAAGGAGCUGGAUACCUUCAAGAGAGAAGUACAGAAGCUCAAGAGCGAGAAGGAAGACUACACCGGUGUUGUGUGUGCAAUCUCUGGGUUGAAGACUCAGAUGAAGGGCAAUAUGACAAUGAUCAGCGAGGAGUUCGACGCGUUGAAGGAAGACCUGAAGAGCUACGAGACUGAUGUCCAGGCCGUGGGAGAGCUGAAGGAUACGGUGAGGAUGAAGCUGGGCGAAGUCGCCAGCGAGGUUGAGGAGCUUAAGAAGGGCCUCGAGAACUACGCCAAGCUUAACGAGACCGUAAGUGAACUUAAAGCGUCGAUAGGUGGCAUGCAAGACAUGAAGUACGUUACGGAGUUUGUCACUGACUUUGAACACACGUUAGUUGGAGACAUGAAGGGUAGUUCGGGCGACAAGAAAAAAGCGUUCACUCAGCAAGUCGAGACUCUGAUGAAAUGCGUUGAGGUCAUCGAUGAGCUGAAGACUAGUGUCAAGCACCAGGACAUCGAAGACAUCGUGAAGGAGUUGCAACUGGUCAGAGACGACGUCCAGAAAUGCUUUGCCCUAGAACAGAAGUUUCAAGCUUUGUCUGUUCAACUGGACGGGCUCAAGGAAGCCAUCAGGGAAGCCGGAGACGCUGCAAAGCUUGAAAACACCGCGUUCAAGUCGGAGCAACGUGCAGAACUUGAGAAGGCUGCGUGCGAGAUACGAGCACUUGGGGAAAGACUUAACCAAGUGGCGAUUGACAUGGCAGAAAUGAAAGAAGCAGGGGAGAGUGAAGGUAACGCCAUGCUUAGAACAAUCACGGAAGAAGCUGCCAAGCUUUCAAAACUUGGCGGUGGCGCCGAAGCAGCUUUACGGGAAGAGUUGUUCUCAAAGUUAGAAUUAUUAUACGACGAAGUAAAAGAAUUUAAGGAAAGGGAAGCAUUAUUGGCGCUCGACCGUAGUAGGGCAAUUGAAGAAAGCAAGAUAUCUGACGAAAUCAAAGCAGAACUGGCGAACCUUCGUCCUCUUCCUGAAAGUAUCCAGAGCCUGCAAGUCGGCUUACAGUCACUUUCGACGAGCGUCGACAGCAAGCUCAAGACUCUAGAGGGCACGUUCGAAAAUUUUGUAGCCGAGAAGCUGGCCAAGGUUGACAGAUCUCAAGAGGUGAUGGACAUUCGAACUGCGCUGGAGGACAUGAAGCGAGACAUCCAAGUGUUGAACGAAAUGAAAGAGACCCUCGCCGCUAGGGACCUAUCGGUGACGGAAGCCCUGUCUGAUACUGGUCGAGAGAUGAAAAGCCUGCGGUCUUCGCUGCAGUUGCUACACGAUGAUACGGCAGUGAUGCGAGAGAAGGUGAGACGAUGUGAAGACAUGAGGGCCUCCCUGGACAUCGUUCAAGACAAGGUACGGGAUUACGAGGAAUUGAAGGAUAUCGUCACGGCUCUGCGCGUGACCGUUGAGGACACCUUGGGCAAGUCGAAAGGGCCGUCAGAAGAAGCAGAGCAUGAAGACCUGUUGAGCUAAAGGCGUAACAUUUCCGCGUAAGUGCUCGUUCACUAGACGUCCAGAGAGUACGACUAGGUAUAUAUAUAAAAAUUUGUAAUGAAGUGAGCGGAAGGAAUUCGGACAAAUAAAUAUCUUUCGCUGCAAGAAAA